UGGAGCGCGCGUCCUCGAUCCAGCAGCUCGUUCUGCCGCCCCGCCACAUUUCAUCGCACCGCAGCGCAUCGAUCGGGAGGCUUCUCUCGAUCGAGAGCAUUUCUAGGGAUUGCUUCAAGUUUUCGUGUUCCGGAAGGAUCGUGUUCUAAGCUCGCGCAGCUUCCUGGGGGCUUCCUCCAAGACGGCGUGCGGCAUCACCGCCUACAUUCCGCGUCAUCGGUGGAUGAGCCGCCCUGAGCAAUCGGCGGGUGGAAGGUCAACGAGAUUGUUUCGUUAGCGGGAGGGAUCCCUCUCUUUUAUUGCUGGAUCGUUUUGGAAUCAGGGUAGCCGUGGAGAAGAUCCAUCCAUCGUUUGGAAAAAGACAGGUAUCGGGCUUUGAUCGGGAACAUGGGAGUUUGCUUCUCGGUGCCCAAGCGGCGAAAACAGGAUCCAGCUACUGGAAAUGCGAAAUCGCGAGUGAGACCGGCUGGGCACAACAGGAAGAACAACGCAAUCCCUCUUGGGCUACGCACAAAUUUUGGGUAUGGCAGGGACUUUAAGAGCAAGUAUAGGAUCGGAAAGCUUCUCGGGCACGGUCAAUUCGGGUACACUUACUCGGCGGUGGAGCUCAUGACUGGAGACAAAGUGGCUGUCAAACGAAUCGAGAAGAAGAAGAUGCUACUACCGAUUUCCAUCGAGGAUGUGAAGAGGGAGGUGAAGAUACUGGACGCUUUGUCAGGCCACGAGAAUGUGGUCCAGUUCCAUGCUGCUUUCGAGGACGAUGAGUUCGUAUAUAUCGUCAUGGAGCUGUGCGAAGGUGGAGAGCUUCUCGAUCGAAUUCUAGCAAAGAAGGAAGGGAGAUACACGGAAAAAGACGCGGCGGUUAUUGUCAGGCAAAUGCUGAGGGUUGUUGCUCGCUGCCACUUAAACGGUGUCGUCCAUCGUGAUUUAAAGCCAGAGAACUUCUUGUUCAAGUCCCAGCAAGACGACUCUCUUCUCAGAGCCGUAGAUUUUGGUUUAUCGGACUUUAUCAGGCCUGGAAAGAGAUUCCAUGAUGUUGUUGGAAGCGCGUACUAUGUAGCACCCGAAGUACUGAAAAGAAAGUCUGGGCCAGAGUCCGAUGUUUGGAGUGUGGGUGUCAUCACAUACAUAUUGCUAUGUGGAAGGCGACCUUUCUGGGACAAGACGGAAGCUGGAAUCUUCAAUGAGGUGCUGAAAAGAAAACCUGAUCUUCGAGAAAGGCCAUGGCCAUCCAUUGGCUCAAGUGCCAAAGAUUUUGUAAGGAAGCUCCUUGUGAAAGAUCCCCGUGCCAGAUUAACUGCUGCGCAGGCUUUAUCUCAUCCUUGGGUACGUGAAGGAGGCGACGCUCUGGAAAUCCCGCUGGACAUCUCUGUACUUUCGAACAUGAGGGAGUUUGUGAAAUACAGCCGGCUGAAGCAACUUGCCUUUCGUGCUUUGGCUACUACACUCGAUCCAGAGGACAUAGCAGCUUUGCGUGACCAAUUCGACGCUAUCGAUGCUGAUAAAAGCGGGAGUAUAUCACUAGAAGAGAUGAAACAGGCUCUAGCCAAAGACCGUCCCUGGGACCUGAAAGAAUCAAUGGUCAUGGAGAUCCUACAAGCUAUGGACUGCAACUGCGACGGCCUUGUCGAUUUCGAAGAGUUCGUGGCAGCAACGCUGCACGUUCAUCAGCUGGAGGAUAUGGGCUCCGAUAAGUGGCAGAAGCGUUCCAAGGCCGCGUUUGACCAGUUCGACGUCGACGGAGACGGCUACAUUACGUCAGAAGAACUCAAGCAGUACACGGGGUUGAAAGGGUCGCUUGGCACGCUCUUGGAGGAGGGAGAUAUCGAUGGAGACGGGAGGAUCAGCUUGGCCGAGUUCCAAAAGCUACUCCGGCAAGCAAGUUUGGGAUCACGAAACUAACAGUAAGGUCAGGAAGAAUCCUUUCCUUGGCCGCAUUCUUUUUGGGUGGUGUAUAGACUGAGGGACAGGCCCACGCUACUCACAGCAGCAGCAAAGCUGGUGUACAAAUCAAAGGUUUUUAGUUUUUUGUCAAAUUGUACAGAGAACGGGGACCAUUUUUCCCAUGUAAAA